CAUAAAACGAGCUGAACUCGGGAAAACAGGAAGGAGUCUCAAUUUUGCAUCAGACAUGUCCGCAUCUCUUAACGAGGCCGCAAUGGCCGGCAACUUAGAGGAAGUGACCAUGAGGUUAAAUCUUGGUGAGGACGUCAAUCAAAAGCUCUACCCUCGGUUCUCGACGCCACUCCAUGACGCCACAAUCUGUGGGAGAAUUGAUGUUGUCAAGCUUCUCAUUGAACGAGGCGCCGAUGUUAAUAUCCCAGAUUAUAAAGGUAUGACGCCUUUGAAAGCCUCCAGACGAUAUGGCCAAGAGGAGAUCGAGGAAAUGCUUGUGGCUCAAGGAGCCAAACUUGAAGUGGAAGUGCAGAAGCCCAAGCCUUGUUCAGAUGGGGUAGCUCCCCCAUGGAAACGACAAAUCUCACGGAGAGACGAGAUCUCGUCCGGCCAAUAGGUUUUGGUACAAUCAUUCAAUGCAUUGAAUAAAGUAUUUCCGUCUUUUCA